AUGAAUCCCUCACUAUCAUCGCUCUCAAUCCCCCCGCCCAUCCCCGUCGACACCCACCCUAACCGUUCCAACCCUUUUGACCAAGACCGAAUCCCUGAUCCCAGUCGCCUGGCACCAGAAGAUGCAUACUUUACACCGUCACUCUCCAGAGCACGCUCUGCACCGGGAAAUUAUAAUGAGACCCUUCCAACUGUGAGCAGCGAUGGAACCUUACGACCCCCGCGUGGGGCGCUGGAUUCCGGGCGGAAGGAUCCGCGCAAAUUGGGCAGCACGGGUGGACGGCGAAGAAGAAAAGGAGCCUGGAAGAAGUUGUUAUGGGUGAAACAGUCUUAUCCGGACAACUACACCGAUACGGAAACGUUCUUGGAUCACCUUCAACGAAAUCCCCGCGUGCGGCCGUACGACUUUUGGCCACUAGUUUCUGAUUCGACUGUCAUUGUCCAGCAUGUUUGUUCGGUCGUGAUCUUCGUAUGCUGUUUUGUCGGGAUCGUUCAGGACCGCGUGAGUCCUGUUUCGAUUCUUUGCUGGGGUAGUGUUGGGACAGCCAUGGGAUGGAUUCUCUGGGAUAAUUGGAUCUGGACCGAACAGACGGAGUUUUCGCAAGUUGUCAAUGGUAACAUUGGUGAUGAUGGAUCUAGCUCAAGCUCCAUGACGAGCGCUGUGAAUCCAGGUGCCCAUGACUCGCAACCCAUUGAUGUGAAGACCAAUGCCAUCCAUGGGCUCGGGUUGACGAUGUCUGGUAAUGAGUCGAAGGAGAACUCGCCAAAUCGGAAUAACGAUGUCAACAUUGGUUUGGAUGCGGCAUCCGCACGGCUGGGCGAUUCUGUAUCUACAUUUGUCCGCAAUGCAGAUGACCCAGAUAUGGACCGGUCUUCAUUAUUUUCUUUGCGCAACCGGCAACGCUUUUCUACUGUCAAGUCUGCGUUUUUAAUUUAUUUCGCUCUGCUGGGAUUGAGUCCCAUCUUGAAAUCUCUUACCAAAUCGACCGCGAGUGACUCAAUCUGGGCAAUGAGCUGCUGGCUUUUAAUCAUGAAUAUAUUCUCUUUCGACUAUGGAAGCGGUGAGGGCGCAGGCGCCACUACCAAGUUUCCUGCCUCUUUGUCAACCAAUGCAGCUGUGAUGGCGUCUACUGUGCUUGCUUCUCGCCUGCCGUCUACCACGCAUGUGUUCAGUCUCAUGCUUUUUUCCAUGGAGGUCUUCGGAUUGUUUCCCAUUUUCCGUCGUCAGCUAAGGCAGAAAUCCUGGACUGGUCAUGCGAUGCUAACGCUCGCUCUGGUCAUUAUUGCUGGGGGCGCUGUAGGCAUGACUCUGAGUGGUGGAUGGGCAUCUGCCAUUAUCGGGUCUGUCCUCGGUGGCAUCCUCACUGCGCUCGCAAUGGGUGGCUGCAGCUGGUGGCUCAUCGGCCUUCAGAAAUACAAAAAUGUGGUUAUUGGUCCAUGGGACCCAGCCCGGCCAAUCAUUCGAAGACACUGGAAUUAA